AUGAUCGAACAGGGUCCUGGUAAUUUCCACUUGUCCAUUGACGAGUCUGUAUUUUCGGCUCUUUUGGAAUGUGCUUAUUCUGACCCAAAGCAUCAGGUUAUUGGUUAUCUUGGAGGAAAAUGUAGCAUUGGCAAAUCUGAUAUGAUCAUAUGUCAUGUUAGUCAAUUUGUAGCUUUGGAAAGGUGUAUUCCUUCUCUACUGACUGACACAGUGAAAGAGAUUAAUCUGGCUUAUGAAGAAACAAUCAAAAAAUUUAAGGAUAUGGGACUAAUAUUAGUAGGCUGGUAUCGAAGUGCUGGUAUUAUCAUUUCAAUAUCUACAACAGGAUUUCCCUCACUAGGUCCAAAAGGACAAAUAUCAGAUGGAAUAACUAACACAUUUUGUAUUUUUAGAACAUCUGAAAAUACCAUUCUAAAUGACUUUGAUGCUAUUAACACACCAUCACAAGGUACCAAAUCUAAAAAUGGUAAAAUAUCGAAAGGAAAAGGCAAGGAGUUGCCUAAGGUCAACAGGACAAUUCUUCAUGAAUCAAAACAGGUAUAUAAUGAACAAAUAUUGGAUUGCGAGAAUAGAAUUGGUCAAAAGGUAUUCGUUGACUCACAAUAUGAAUCGUUUCUUUUGAAUUUUUUGAGAAAAUCAGUAGUUCAGUUUGAUAGGUCAGUGGAUCAAGAUUUUAGAUCAUUAUCAAUUGCAAAGCAUCAUGCUAAGAUGUUAAUAAGUAAACAUUUGAAUGAAACAUUGGGAAUAUUACAACAAAAUAAGAUUAAAGAUGAAAAUCAAUUAAAUUUAUGGCGAAGGAAGCUUGAAAAAUUGAUAGAAAAUAUGGCAAUGCAAAGAUUAUCUAAAAAAGAAAAGGAAAUGAAAAAAAAUAAUCCAUCAGAGUUUGAUUUAAAUAAAUGGCCUAACUUGACAUCGUCACUAGAGAAUGCAAAUGGUUCUGAUACACUGUUAGGAUAUAAAUUAUCAGAAAAUUUUAAAGAAUUUACUAUAAAAAAAAAUGAACUUGAUUUAAUGAAUGAAAAAUCUGACAUUUCUUCUACAAAUAACAAGUCUAGCACAUUGGGUUUUAAUUUAGAAACCAAAAAUUCCUCUACAAAUAAUUUAACAUCUACUACUACACCUAUUCUACCAUAG